AUGGAGUUCACGUCGUCGCCCAAGCCGCAGCUCUCCUCCCGGGCCAACGCCUUCUCCAUCGCCUCGCUCAUGGCCAGCGGCGGCUCCAAGGACAAGGAGGCCGCCGAGAGCACCAUCAAGCCGCUGGAGCAAUUUGUUGAGAAGUCCUCCUGUGCCCAGCCCCUCGGGGAGCUGACCAGCCUGGACACUCACGGGGAAUUUGGUGGCAGCGGCAGCAGUGGCGGCAGCCCCCCCUCCUCUGCGCUGUGCACCGAGCCGCUGAUCCCAACCACCCCCAUCAUCCCCAGCGAAGAAAUGGCCAAAAUCGCCUGCAGCCUGGAGACUAAGGAGCUCUGGGACAAAUUUCACGAGCUGGGCACUGAGAUGAUCAUCACCAAGUCGGGCAGGAGGAUGUUCCCCACCAUCCGGGUGUCCUUUUCGGGAGUAGAUCCUGAGGCCAAGUACAUCGUCUUGAUGGACAUCGUGCCUGUGGACAACAAGAGGUACCGCUACGCCUAUCACCGCUCUUCCUGGCUGGUGGCCGGCAAGGCGGACCCUCCGCUUCCUGCCAGGCUGUAUGUACAUCCAGAUUCUCCUUUCACUGGUGAGCAGCUACUGAAACAGAUGGUGUCUUUUGAAAAGGUGAAACUCACUAACAAUGAACUGGAUCAACACGGCCAUAUCAUUUUGAACUCAAUGCAUAAGUACCAGCCCCGUGUGCACAUCAUUAAGAAGAAAGACCACACGGCCUCAUUGCUCAAUUUGAAGUCUGAAGAGUUCAGAACGUUCAUCUUCCCAGAAACAGUCUUCACCGCUGUGACUGCCUACCAGAAUCAACUGAUCACCAAGCUGAAAAUAGAUAGCAACCCUUUUGCCAAGGGAUUCCGGGACUCUUCCAGGCUCACUGACAUUGAGAGGGAGAGUGUGGAAAGCCUGAUUCAGAAGCAUUCCUAUGCCCGCUCACCCAUCCGUACCUAUGGAGGAGAAGAAGAUGUGCUGGGAGAUGAGAGCCAGGUGGCACAAAAUCGAGGGUCAGCCUUCACCACGUCUGAUAACCUGUCUCUAAGCUCCUGGGUAUCAUCAUCAUCUAGUUUCCCUGGAUUUCAGCACCCACAGUCCCUGACUGCUCUCGGCACCAGCACAGCAUCCAUAGCAACACCCAUUCCGCACCCCAUCCAGGGUUCUCUGCCACCAUACAGCCGCCUUGGGAUGCCUUUGACCCCCUCAGCCAUUGCCAGCUCCAUGCAGGGGAGUGGCCCCACAUUCCCCUCCUUCCACAUGCCCAGAUACCACCACUACUUCCAGCAGGGCCCCUAUGCUGCUAUCCAGGGACUGCGCCAUUCCUCUGCUGUGAUGACACCAUUCGUAUGA